ACAGCCCUAGACGAGGGAACUGGUAGAGAUGGACAGCAGGCAGCAGCGCCCCCAGAGGAAGACACUACAAUGGCAGCUCGCUCGAGAGCAGAGACACCAGUCUCCCCCACAGAGGCUUUCCGAGGCCUCCAGCCAGCCAGACACCAGGAGCAAGCCUCAGGAGGACUUGCAGACCCAAGACUGGGUGUGUGAGCCGCAGGAGCACAGGCGCCCUGGUAGCCGCUGGAAUAUCAGCAUCGAUGAACGCAGGCGGCUGGCCAUGCUGCGUGGGCAGGAGAGGACAAACAGCACCAGGGCCCCAUCCAGAGACUCGCUGGGCCUGCACCUCGAGGGCCAGCAGGCCGAACCCUCCCCACCGACCCAGUCCGUCCCAACCCCUCUCCUCCAGACCCGUGAAAAUAUGGCUGAACCCCCGCAGGACAUCACGCGGAUGGUGUCAGAGCUGAUGUCCGAGGGUGUAGAAAGAGACGUACUCAUCCCUCACCCGCUAAGAUCUACAGAGUACCCUAACGCCUUCCAGGAGUUCUUGGCCCGUAAUGCGCCCCUUUGGAAGAACUAG